AUUACUGGGUGAGUACUGGGUGAAUACUUGGCGAAUACUGGGCGAAUACUUGGCGAAUACUGGGCGAAUACUUGGCGAAUACUGGGCGAAUAUUGGGCGAAUACUGGGUGAUUACUGGGUGAGUACUGGGUGAGUACUGGGUGAAUACUUGGCGAAUACUGGGUGAUUACUGGGUGAGUACUGGGCGAGUACUGGGUGAGUACUGGGUGAGUACUUGGUGAGUACUGGGGGAGUACUGGGUGAAUACUGGGUGAAUACAGGUCAUUUUUAUGCACCUCUCCCUCAAGAGAAUUCAGCUGAAAAGGUCAAAAAGACCAACUAGUCCAAACAGGGUACACAAAAGAAGAGGUGCUUUCAGAUCAGAUGUCCUCUACACCUCCCGUCCUCCUAAAUACGGGGGCUCAGAUGCCCCUCAUGGGUUUGGGGACCUACAAGUUGGUUGGUCCUGAAAAUGUCUACCGGGCUGUUGACGCAGCGCUCGCUGCUGGUUAUCAGGCCUUUGACAGUGCAGCCGUCUACCGGAAUGAAGCUGACCUGGGGCGAGCCCUGAAGGAGCUUCUGCCCAAACACGGCUUAACCAGAGAGGAUGUCUUCAUAACCAGUAAGCUGGGCCCCAAGGAUCAGGGUGAGAGAGCCAUGGAAGGAGCCCUGCUCAGCCUGUCUCAGCUGGACUUGGGUUACAUCGACCUCUACCUGAUCCACUGGCCUGGCACACAGGGACUGUUAGUGACUGACCAACGCAACCCAGGCAACCGAGCUCAGAGUUGGGCCACACUGGAGGAGCUGCAUGCUCAGGGGAAGCUGAAGGCCAUAGGAGUGUCCAACUACACACCAGCACACAUGAGAGAACUGAUGCAGAGCUGCAAAAUCAUUCCUGCUCUGCUACAGGUAGAGUUUCACCCAAAGCUGUGCCAGACAGAGCUGAGGAGAGUGUGUGAGGAGUAUGGAGUGUGUUUCCAAGCGUACUCCUCUUUAGGGAGAGGAGAGCUGGUCACUGACCCUGUAGUCCUGGAGGUGGCAAAGAACUGUGAACGCACACCUGCACAGGUCCUUUUGCGCUGGGCUGUGCAGCAGGGCGUCCCAGUGCUCCCCAAGUCGUCAAAUCCAGAGAGAGUAAAGGACAAUGCGAGGCUUUUUGACUUCACAAUGAGCAACACAGACAUGGACAGACUGUCAGCUUUGGACUGUGGGCACAAUUAUUGCUGGGAUCCAUCAGAAGUGGCUUGAUAGACCACUAGUAGAUCACACAUUAUCUUCCAUGAUGCCUCUUUAAUGCUGCUGUUCUUUACCUCUGAAUGGCAGUGAUGCAGCGGUGGGAAACCACCACCAGAAGAAGUGGACACAGACAGCUCAGUUACAUAACAAAUGCACUAGGCAGAUGUAUUAAUUUUGAUUCAAUGUAUUUAGAUAUUUGAGAGUUCAAGUAACAUUUUGGACAACAUUGGCCAGUAAGUUGUCCUGUUUAUUGUGACCCAUAUACUGUACCAUGAAACACUGAGAGCCUUUUCAGGUAGUACCUAUAUGUGUGUUGCCUACUGACCAUAAACUUAUUUAAUGUGCCAACAUUUUAAGACUAGUUCCAUAUUAUUUGUUGCCUCAUACUGUUCUUUAAACUCUUACAAAGUAGUAUUAUGGCCUUUGUGUUCUAGCUUUCUCAUUUGAAUUGUCUGUGAAUUACCACAAAUUUGCAAUUAAAAAAUGAUGUCAUUUUUUU